AUGGGUGAAAAGGGUAACUAUAUUUUAGCCGUGAUUAAAAUGCAUGAAGAUUAUGAGAAUUUAAGAGCUUCUCUAGCUGAUUUAACAAAUGAAAUGUCUCAAUUAAAAGAGAUUACUGUAAAUAAAAUUAAUUAUAAAAUAGAAUAUUUUCUGGGUGGGGAUUGGAAAUUUUUAGCCUUAGUAUGUGGGUUGGGAAAAGCAAACCAAGAACAUGCAUGUAUUUGGUGUAAAUGUCCCAGAAUGCAGAGGUAUAAUACUACAAAGGAAUGGUCUAUCAGCAACACUAAAAUGGGGGCAAGAACUCUUAAAGAAAUAUCUUCAUAUUCCAAAUCUAAAAAAUGUAACUGUAUAGCUCAUCCUCUUUUUCCCUUUAUCCCAAUUGAUCAUGUAAUUAUAGACACAUUACAUUUAUUCUUAAGAAUAUCAGAUAAUUUAAUAGAACUGUUGAUUAGAGAACUCAGAAGACAAGACUCUGUUGAAGACAACCAACGAUUCACAAGUUGCAAGUUUGAAAGGACAAAAUAUAAGCACAUGGCAGGGUAUGAAAGUUUUUUGAAUGAUAUUGUAUUUCUCUCUAUAUAUCAAACAAAGGAUGUAACUCCGUACAUGCAUGCUUUGUAUGCUCAUGUGCCACAAUUUUUAUCUUUGUAUAAUAAUCUAGCAUACUUCACUCAGCAAGGCAUGGAGAAAUUUAAUGAUACAGCCUCUAAAGACUACUUCAGGUCUACAAAUCAUAGAGCUAUUAAAAACGUUUCAGGCAAUACAACGCGUGCUGUGAAGUCUCUUACCAAAAUCGUUUAG